UGCGAGUGACGCGCGAGCCUCGCACCGCCCCGCGUAGGCUACCGGAGCCAUCACCGUGUCUACCUGAACGAUGAGCGGAAAAAGAAGGGCGCAAGCUAAUGUAUUGUUUAAAGGCUAAACCUGCGCCUCUCGUGUCCGGAGCUGUUGGAGCACAAACCGUGAAGAGGAAUCGUCACCCUAAAACGCUUCCGAUCUCCAGGAGCGAAAAAGCCGAGGCGCGUGCUCGCUGCAGCAAAUGGCAACUUGUGCAGUGAGAGGUUUUUCAAAAGUGUCUGAAGCACCGUCAGAUUCUGAUGAUGAAGAUAAACUCCACAUUGUGGAGGAAGACAGUAUUCUUGACACUCCAGAAGAAAAACCAACAGUAUUCGAACUCACUGCAGCACAGCAGUUACACAAUGGACAUGCACUGAAUGAUGGCAGCCUGGGGCCAGACGCUUUGAUACAGGAAAUAAGGGUCAAAGAGGAGUGUAUAACGGAUGAAGAGGAUGAAGGAGGUCAGGUCACAUGGCAGGGAAAGAGAGGGGUCAUUUGUCCAAGCAUUCCUGAGGAGGAACAUAGCACGCCAGAUAAAGGAGUCCAUGAUGAGAAUGGAACAUCUGAUGAGUUCUCUCAACUCCACUCAUGUCCAUAUUGUUCCCGAGGUUAUAAGCGUCACACAUCACUAAAGGAGCACAUCAAACUACGUCAUGAAAAAAACAAAGAUGACUUCAGUUGCUCCCUCUGCAGCUACACUUUCACCUAUCGCACACAGCUUGACAGACACAUGAAUGCUCACAAAAAUGGAAGAGAGCAGAGGAUGAUUUCACAUUCGGGAGGAAACAGAAAAUUUAAAUGUACAGAGUGUUCUAAAGCCUUUAAAUAUAAACAUCACCUAAAGGAACACCUGCGCAUCCAUAGCGGCGAGAAGCCAUAUGAGUGCUCUAACUGUAAGAAGCGCUUCUCCCACUCCGGCUCCUACAGUUCUCAUAUCAGCAGUAAGAAGUGUGUAGCAAUCCCCCCUGCUGUUAACGGCUUGUCUCACACUCCUGGAGUCAAAGCAGCUCUUACUCUGACUCACCCUACACGUAUCCUCUUGCGGGAGAAAGUUGACAUUGAUAACAAACCUUCAGAGGAACAGCUUCCUCCUAAGAAGAUUAAAGAAGAGCCUGAUGAGCAUGAACUUAAACCUCUCAGAACUUCACCGGUUGUUACUACAACCACCAUCACCACUACCAGCACUACUAAUAAUGGGGGUGGAAUUUCUAUUCAGACUGCUGCUUCUCAGGGUGUGGUUCAGACGUUAGUUCUGCCUACUGUGGGUCUAGUUCAGCCAAUUAGUAUCAACCUACGAGACCUGCAGAACAUGCUGAAAGUGUCAGUGGAUGGAAACAUGAUGUGGCAGGCUGUGGCUAGCUCAAAUGUUAAUGGAGCCAGUUGUAAGGUUGUUAAUCCAGGGCAGCCACAAGCACAAACAAUGCUUGUGCAGUCUCCCCAUCCCCACUUGCAGGUGAUUUCUGCAUUUUCUCUCCCUGUGCUGGAUCAGGAUGGAAAUUCCAAAAUUAUCAUAAACUACAGUGUAGACCCACAAGUAAGCACAUCAGAUUUGAACACAGCACAAUCUGUAUUGCCAUAUCAAACUGUGGCCCAAGGAAAAGUGCUAGAGCCAAAUAUGGCACCACCAGACGGGGGAAAGCUGAAUUCAACGCAACAGACAAAAUUGCCAGAAACUAACACAACACAGCCCAAUGUCACUCCUACCCAAAAACCGCCCACUUCUAGACCAGUCCCUCCACAAAUAAGUAUACUUAAAUCCACGCAGUCAGCUGCUCCAAAUAAAGCAGCAUCCAUAAUAAAGGUCACAAAGCUGAUCCCAGGACAGACAAAGCAUUCACAACCAGCAUUUUUGCUUCUAAGAACAGUGAAUGGGCCUCAGGGCCUGGUUGUGAGACAAUUAGCAGCUGCAAAUGCACAAGUAACUCCAGCUAUAGAAACUACAGAUCUGAAAUCAACCAACAUGACAGCUGAACACAAUUCAGUCACUGAGCUGAACCAGGUUGCAGAAGAUACCAGUACCUCUAGGGACAACUGCCAGCCUGAAGACCUGAGGUCUGCUUUGCAGCAGGCAAUUCAGUUCAAAACUGAAGCUGAGUCUGAGAUUAAGACAGAUUGUAAAGAAGCUUUACAGAUAGAGAAGGAGAGAGAAAGGAAAGAGGAAAUGACGGCACAGAGUGAUUCAACAACGACUCACAGAAGUAUUGUUUGUGGUGAUGGCUUCCAUAACUAUGCUACAUGUCUUUUUUGUGACAACAGCCCCAGCAGCACUGAUACCCUGAAUUGUCUCAACAGCGUUGAACAAGGAUCUGACAGGUCUCUUUCUUCUCUGCUGGGGGAGGAAGACUUUGGAUGUUCAGAUCAACCUCCAGUGAAGAGUCUUCUGCCCCUCCUUGAGGCAUACAGCAAAGACUCACACCCCAGUGAAGAGCAGUUGUCACGUGUUGCAGAACUGGUCAGUUUACCUAGGGAUGUGGUCAGUAGGUGGUUUGAAAGGAUGCGCUUAAAGAACAUACUACUACACAACCCUGAAAAUUCCCAAAAUGGGCAACAGACUAUUAUAAACUCUCAAACAGAGCCCAGUAUGGACACCCAGACCCAAAUCUUGGACACUUCAGCUGAACUUAACGAUGAGGAAUCAGUGGGCCAGAACAGUGACACUCCUCUAAGCUUCUCAACAAAUGAUUUCGGCAUCAUAAAGACCGAGGAGCUGGAAGAGAAAGGGCAAGCCGAACCUUUGGAUCUCUCCCUCCCAAAGUCCUCUAGUUGUAAUGGUCACACAUCUGUCACCAUUGCAGUGUCUAACACCAAGCCAUCUGUUCCUACCCAAGAGGAACCGCUCAAUCUCACAAGUUUAAAGAAGGACACAUUGGAUGGCAACACUAUUUAUGUGACACAGUCCACAACAAGUCCGAUAAACAUCAUAGCCACACCUUUGCCAACUCUGGUUGCCAUAGCAGAGCCCGGGGGAAUUCCCUGCCUCAGAGCUGCCAUCUCCACCAAACAACGCACCAUCCUUAUCCCCCAGCUGUCCUACACAUUCACUUCCCCUUCCACCAAUGGCAAGGCUAACACCACCACCACCACUUCCUCCAGCAACAAGACUAGCUCCAUCACCACAACACCAUCCACAGACACACAGGGAAUAGUACUCAAUGGCUGUGAGAAGGAGAAGACUGAUGCAGGAGAUGAAUCCAUGCCUGGGUGGGAGGGGCUAAAUGACAGCAACCUUUCCCCCAUCAAGAAGAGGAGAAAGAUACAUGGUGGCCAGUACGCAUGUGACCUAUGUGACAAAAUUUUUCAGAAGAGCAGCUCUUUACUGCGUCACAAAUAUGAACAUACAGGUAAACGUCCUCAUGAGUGUGGAGUCUGUAAAAAAGCAUUUAAACACAAGCACCACCUUAUUGAGCAUUCACGUCUACACUCUGGAGAGAAACCAUACCAGUGUGAUAAAUGUGGCAAACGCUUCUCACACUCCGGUUCUUACUCCCAACACAUGAACCAUCGCUAUUCCUACUGCAAGAAGGAGGUUUAUGACCAGCCAGAGCCAAAUAAUACUUCAUCUACACCUCCCUCACAGCUUGACUCAGAUGAGAGGGAAAGUGAAGCUGAGGAGGAGGUGGAUGAUGAUGAAGAACUGGAAGGAGAAAAGGAUGGUGAGGAAGAUUUUUCUGGAUUUGACAUGACUGACAUAAGAGUGGUCAAGGUUGGUGAAGAAUAUGAUGAAGAGGAGGAGGAAUUGGGGAGGGGAGAGAAACCACAGGUGACAGAAGAGGAUGCUGUUGAGAUGGAUACUCUGGAAGAGGAAGUGGUGAAGUCAUUAAGCAUGGAAGAGCAAAUGAUGGAGUGCAAAACAGAGGAGGAAAUAGGGAAAUCAGUAGAGAAUGAUGUGCUUAAUGACACUAUAGAAAGCAAGUAAUGAUUUUUUCCCUCUUAUUACUCUGUGAAAGAUCCCUUGAUGAAGAGCCCUUGGUUGACUCUUGAAGACAGUAGCAAAGUGUGUUUUACUGUGUGUGAAUCACAGGUGUGCCUAAUCCACAAUUACAGCAGUCUGUAAACUAGCUAUAUAAGAAAUCAGAAAAUUUUAAAUUGCAUUAACCAGAUUCAACUGAAAGGUUUUACUGAACUACAACCUGCAGUUGUUUGUUACUGUUACUGAUGACUUUCUUUGAAUUGUUCCAUCUGCAGUCAGGUGACAUUUCUACACAUUUUUAUUGUCAGUGAAGUUUACUAAAUCAGUAUUUUAUCAAUAUUUUAGUACUUCUUUUAGAUAAAAAGUAAAAUGCACUGUAGUACAUUUAUGCUAUUAUUUAUGGAUACAUAAUGCCUCAAUACCAUUCAGUAUUGUUAUUCUAAUUAGGCCAGACAGUGUUAGCAUAGAGUUUUUGUUUUUGUUUCUGUAUGAAGGAAAUAAGUCUGCACUUACAUACCAUGUGAUCAUCUAUAAAGAAAAAAAGGAACUGAUACAUAAUCCAUUAAACAGCUAAAUUAUAAUAUUUUUGCUAUUCAUGUUAAUAUGUAACCAUAAUGAUGUUUAUGUAAACACUCCUAAAAUGCUAAUAUCUGCAAAAAGAAUCAGACGAUGUUUAAAUAGUAAUGAUAAUGUUAAAAAAAAUAAUAAUUUUUUGUUUAUGUAAAAACUUCAUGAAGUGGUUAUCCAGGCUCCAGUGGUGAUUCUUUAUAGAUGAUACAUACUAUAAAGUGCACUUUGCUGUGGUAUAGUGUGUAGGAACAUGACCGCUUAAAACACUUCAGUCAGGGAAUUGUGUAUGUCACAAACUUAAAACCAGUGUUAAAACUCUCACACUCUUUCACAGAAUUAUAUUCAUUUAAGGGUGCAGUAGAGCUCCAUAGAGGUCUGUGAUAGAGUAUUUAUAGAAAUACAGCAUAUAUAGACAUUUAAUUUUAUAGCAUCAUCAACUUGUCCUCUGAAAGGUUAAAAAAAACUUGCUAAUUUACCAUUUGUACUAGUUUGUUAACAAUCAAUUUUGAAGUCAUUUAUAAUCCAAGUAUUUAAGAAAUGUGAAGUAGAUGUGAAGAUGAGCCAGUUUAUCAUAUGCAGUUAUAUAACACAUAGUUUCACUCUUAGAAUUCUUAACGUGUUCAAUUGUGAUAGUGGAACUUUGAAAGGUUCUAGGGAACCCCUCGCCAGCCUUAUGCAAGACCGCCAAGCUGUAUGUGCCACUCAUUCCUUUUAGUUUGCUUAUCCAUGAACAAAUUGAACCAUUUUAAAGGCAAUUUCUGAAGUAUUUUAAAACUUGUCUAGAUGUGUUGUCUUUGACAAAGUGUUCUAGAAACCAAAUUUGGUUUCAUUUGGACUUAUUUAAUAAUUAAAGAAUUCAUUUAUUAUGAUGGACAGAUCAAUUAUGAAGUAAUUUACAUUUUUUCUGAUUCUGUCAUGAAUACUUACAACUUUGGCUUAGAGCAGUUAUAACAUUUCUAUUUGAAAUGGUUUAGUUGCCAGUGGUUUGGUACCUUAAAGUCUAAAUAUUUUUCCCCACUAAUGAAGCAAUACCAGGCAUAUGUUAGUUAUUAUCUUACUUAUCUUGGCUAUUAUACACUUAGGAAUAUACUUAAGGGUAAUUACUUAAUGUGGCAUAAGCAAAUUGGCUAUUAGUGGAACAAAGGACUGACCCCACACUACUGCUUUUCGAGACAAUAAGCAGUCAGACUUAAGUUAUAAGAAAAAGAGAAAAUGAAGGAAUGAACACAUUCUAGUGAAGGAGUGCAUGUGAUGUAAGAUACAGAAGGGUGUGAAUGUGUGUUUAAUGUUUUAACCAUUACAUGUUACAGUAUUAUUCAUUGUGAUUAUUGUGUAUUAUUUUUAAAUAUUUUGUGUUUACAUCAAUGCACAUGUAUAUUAUGUAUUUUUACCAUCAGUAUUAAAAUAUCAAUGACAGCAA